AUGUGUCUAUUUGUAUUGAUUCCAAUAACAAAUGGAAUAAAUUGUGUAUCAUGUGUUGGUUGGAGUAAUUCAGGAUGCAAUGAUCCUUAUGAUGAAGCAACAUCAGGUGAUCUUCCAGUUCCUGGUAAUACUUAUUGUUUAAAAGUAGUCUAUCCAAGUUAUAUAGAACGUAUGGCUGGUGGUCGAUCUUGUACACCUGGAAGUGGUCCUGGUAAUAGUAUACGUUAUUGUUGUUCGGAUCAAGAUUACUGUAAUCGAAUGAUAAAUCUCACCGGAUGUCGAAUUAAUAUUAUCUUACUAAUAAUGUUUUUAUUAUUUGCAAAACUCAAACUUUUUUCAUGAACAAUUCAACAUAAAUUAACUGAUAUAUAUAAACUUAGUUAUGUGUGUGUUUUCCUUCUUUUUCAUUAUUGAAUCAAUAAAUAAAAUACUUGUUUGGUAGUAUGUAUAUCAAUUAGAAUUACGAAUCGAAACACUAUAAAUUUGUCCUUGACUGUUUCGUAAAACUAUGACUAAUGGAUGUGACAAAUUUACUCUAUUUUUUUUUCUUGCGUUCUCUGUAAAUCAACAUGUGGUGUAUACAGUAGCUAUUUAUUUGUUUUUAAAAAAACAUCAAUAGAUUUUCAGAUGAAAAUUUUGAUUAUUGGUGCUUAUGGAACAUUUGGUAGUCGAUUAUCACA